CACAACACCUUGUAAUGAUUCAAUGACCGGCCUUCAUUUCUUUUUGUAAUAAUCCCUGAAAUUUCAUGAAAUAAAUCUUCUUCUUCAUAAUUCCAUUGAAGCAACCUUUUUAUGAUUACUUGUUCAACAAGGUAACUUGUUCUUCAUUGUGUUCUUUCAUGGCGGGAAACUAUAGGUUUGCGAUGGAUCAAAAAGAUCUUGUAAGAACAUUGAUUACAACAGUAGGAAGUUUCAUUCAAGAUCGAUUGAUCGAUAAAGAGCAAAGGGUUCAACACAAAGAACAGUGUGCCGAAAGAUUAGCUGCCGAAGACGGAAGCUCAGGGAACGAUGUUGAAGUCCGAUAUUCCGAUCAAGCUGUGUUAGCGAAUCUCGAUUGGGGUAUCGAAGCACUCGAAGAAGCUAUUAAUACGUCAAAUAUCGAAACCAAACAUGCUAGAUUCGAUUAUGCUGAAAAGAUGCUACAAGUAUGUGCUAUGUUGGUUUCAAAUCAAAAAACUGCUGGUGUGCCUAAUUCUUAUUUAUCAGCAUGGGCCUAUUUGAAUCUUUCGUAUUUAUGGAAACUUCGUAACGAUGUUCGUAACUCAGUGAUUUAUGUUCUCGAGAUGUUUAUCGUCGAACCCUUUUUUUCUCGGAUUGAUUUCGCGCCCGAGCUUUGGAAAAAUCUGUUCUUACCGCAUAUGAGUUCAAUUGCAGGGUGGUAUGCUGAAGCUAGGCAUAAACUUAUAAUGGAAGUAGUACCUGAUUCAAAUGAUAUAUCAUUUACUGCUGAUUUAGAUCAAUUUUUCAAUGAAUCGUUGGUUUUUUCGAUGCGGCCGGAUCAAAUCGAGAAGAUGAAGAAACUUGAACAACUUUAUAGCGAAUCAUUAGACGAAAACACACGAUUAUUUGCUAAAUAUUAUAAAGAUUGUAUGAAUUCUGAUUCAGGUUCGGGUGUUAACAAGAAAGUUAUGGCUCCUAUGUUACCGAUUGCCGAGCCACCGAUGACUCCGCUUCAUGAGGUGAGUCGGUCCAUCCCAGAUUAUGUCAAAUUCGGUCCUAUAUUGCCGAAAAGUGCCGGAUUUUCGCCAGUUCUUAAAUCAAAACAUGGUGGAAGAGAAGUAAACAGCAGAGUGAACUUAAAUUCUUCGGUUUUUUCGCAUAGUAUUGAUGAUUCUGCAGCAUGGGAUCCUCAAGAUGGUGUACCUGAGGAAAAUGAAGAUGACUCUGAUUAUGAGGCGAUCGGAUCAACAGUUCAACAACCGGUGAAACUUACAAACCAAACUCCUUCCCCGUCGGUUUUUUCUCCUGUUGAUUCACCUAGAACAUCUUCCUCGAAGAAUUCAUCUCCGAGAUCAGAUGUGACUUCUAAAAGGGAAUCGAAAUCGCUGUUGCGCCUUUUAUCGUGUCGUAUUGCAGAUACAAGUGAUGUUAUAUCUUUGCCUAUCUCACCGCGCAAGAGUACUGAUCAUAGCAUAAGCUCAGUGGAUUCGGAUGGUGAAGCGAUAGUAGGUCACAAUUCAGAACGUACCAAAAGUUGUAGGAAGAUUCGUGGUCGGCCUUCGAGUACGAGUAACGAUCAUGUGAACAUUCGAUCAUUGGAACAUAGUUAUCAGAACGAAAGUGAUGAAGGUAGUAAUAGCUGCAUUUCGCUUCCUUUAUCUGAGAAGCUUACAUCACAAUCAAGACCGCCGAAAGAUUUCGUUUGUCCCAUUACAGGACAGAUUUUCAAUGACCCUGUUACACUCGAAACAGGACAAACAUACGAACGAAAAGCGAUCGAAGAAUGGCUUAACCGAGGGAGCACAACGUGUCCGAUAACUCGGCAACCACUUUCAUCGAACACAUUGCCUAAAACAAACUAUGUUUUGAAGAGGCUAAUAACAUCAUGGAAAGAACAGCAUCCCGAUCUUGCUCAAGAAUUUUCAUAUUCCGAAACACCGAGGACUCGGUUCAACUCUCCCUUAGGGAAAGAAAUUGUAUUGGUGUCCCCGUCAAAUCAAACAUCCGAGUUAUCGAACAAGGGCUUAGACGAUUACGUAAACCAAAGGGGUAAACGGUUUACACGAGCUGCAGUAGCCACAUCGCCGACCAGUGUUAUAUCUCAAGCUACGGUUGAGACGAUCAUCAAUGGAUUAAAACCGGUUGUAUCGUGCCUAUGUACUUCAAAUAAUUUACAAGAAUGUGAAUCAGCAGUUCUUGAAAUUGCUAAACUAUGGAAGGAUUCAAAAGGUGAUGCUGCAAUACACUCGUAUUUAUCGAAACUGACAAUCGUUAACGGUUUUAUGGAAAUAUUAUCAUCUUCUUUUGACCGAGAAGUACUCCGGGCCUCGAUUUAUAUUCUUUCGGAACUAAUUUUUGGUGACGAAAACAUCGGAGAGACAUUAACAAGUGUAGAUUCUGAUUUCGAUUGUCUCGCCGCUUUGCUCAAAAACGGUCUAGCUGAAGCUGCAGUACUUAUAUACCAACUACAACCCACAUUCGCUCAGCUUUCGUGUUACGACCUCGUCCCUUCCCUUAUACAAAUAAUACUCCGUAAAACUGAAGAAUCCGAUGAUCUUCCACUGAUGAUCAAGCCUAAGGACGCAGCUAUAGCAAUACUUGAACAAAUAUUGAUGAAUGGAGACGAAAAUAGCCGAUCACUCAACGCGUUGAGCAUCGUUUCGGGUAAUGCAAUUCCUUCCCUAGUGAAAUGCAUGCAUAGGGUGGAUUCAAGGAGGUCUAUUAUAUCCAUACUAUUAUGUUGUAUGAAGGUUGAUAAAAGUUGCAAGUACUUGAUAGUGACCGGAACCGAACUAUCGUACGUUCUCGAGUUAUUUCACGCCAGUAAUGACACCAUACGAGGCAUAUGCAUCGAGUUUCUCUCGGAACUGGUUCAAUUGAAUAGAAGAACACUCUGCAAUCAAAUAUUGGAAAUGAUUAAAACUGAAGGAGCUUUUAGUACCAUGCAUACAUUCCUUGUGUAUCUUCAAAUGGCUCCUAUGGAACAUCAACCUGCCAUUGCUACUCUUCUAUUGCAGCUCGACUUACUGGUUGAACCGCGAAAGAUGAGUAUUUAUAGGGAAGAAGCAAUAGAGGCAUUGAUUGAAUCACUUCGAAAAAAGGAGUUCCCGAAUCAACAAACGAUAGUACUCGACGCGUUGUUAUCACUUCCGGGUCGUAUUACUUCUUCAGGCGAGUCGUAUAUUGAAGCUUGGUUACUCAAGAUUGCAGGCUUUGAUCAACCUUACAAUGGUACUCAAGAUUGGACUGAAACAAUGGAAAGUGAAGAGAAAGCUAUAUGUACAUGGGAGAAAAGAGUAGCAUUUGUGCUAUGUAACCAUGAAAAAGGUUGUAUUUUCAAAGCAUUAGAAGAAUGUUUCAAAAGCAAUUCAUUAAAAAUGGCUAAAUCAUGCCUUGUGAUCACUACAUGGUUGAUUUACAUGCUUUCGAUAUUGCCGGAUACCGGUGUCCGAGAUGCCGCUCGUGAAUCGUUGCUCGACGAAUUCAUAAAUGUCCUUCAAUCAUCAAAGAACUUAGAAGAAAAGAUAUUAGCAGUCCUUGCUUUGAAAGCCUUCAUUAAUGAUCCAACUGCCAUUGAAGAACUGGGACAAUAUGCUAAUUGCAUAUACAAAACUUUGAGAAAGCUCAAGAGGAAUUCAUUUAUGGCAACUGAUAUACUAAAAGCUUUAAUGAAUUUAUCAUCUGUCAAUGCAACCGAAUUCUGGAGCUAUACCGAUAUCGGCGAAACAGACUCGAGCUCGAAUGGCGAGGUUCUAUGCAUGUCAUAUCAUAAAGGUUGUUUAAUAAGCAGUCAUUCAGAUGGUACCAUAAAGGUUUGGGAAGCUGGGAAAAGAGGGCUAAGGCUAGUACAAGAAGCACAUGAACAUAUCAAAGGUGUUACAUGUUUGUAUGUACCAUCUUCAGGUGACAGAUUAUAUAGUGGUUCGUUGGACAAAACGAUUCGGGUAUGGGCAUUGAAACCAGAAGAAAUACAGUGUAUGCAAGUACAUGAUGUGAAAGAGGCAGUGUAUGAAUUGACAGCCAAUGCAAAAUUUGCUUGUUUUGUUUCACAAGGAAAUGGAGUUAAGGUUUAUAACUGGGCUGGGAUUCCAAAGCAUAUAAAUUUCAAUAAAAAUGUAAGGUGCUUAGCCAUGUCAGGAGAUAAGAUAUAUUGUGGUUGCUCUGGCUACAACAUACAGGAGCUGGACCUGUCCAGUUCUACAUUGAGCACAUUCCAUUUAGGAACAAGAAAAUUGCUGGGGAAACAAACUGUAAAUUCUCUCAACAUACAUGAUGAUCUUCUCUAUGCUGGUGGUUCUACUGUUGAUGGAGUUUCAGGAAAGGUGUUUUGUCGAUCAAGUAAGAAAGUGAUGGGAACAUUUCCGACCGGAUUCGACAUACAAAGAAUUGCUGUGAACAAUGACUUCAUAUUUACAGCCACAAAACUUGGGAUGAUUGAAGUUUGGUUAAAAGAAAGGAUAGGUAGAGUUGGUGCCAUUAAAAUGAACAGCAAAGGACAUGCAAAGGUUACAUCUCUGGUUUCAGACAUGGAUGGUGGAAUGCUUUUUGCUGCUUCCUCUGAUGGCAAAAUCCAGGCUUGGGCUCUGGACUAAACUGGGUUUCUUUUUGUAAAGAAGAAUGAUUAGCAAUCGAUCAACAAAAAAUCUUAAUGUUUGGCAUUUGUUAUGUUAGUUUUUUUAUUCUUGUAAAUUUACAAGAGGCAGCAAAAGCCAACAUUUUGUAAAUUUUUGUUACAACCAUCUAUCUCUAAUGCAAAUGAUUAGUCACUAGGCUCGUUCCGAUAGAUGCUUUAAGAAAUAAAAUAAAAAAAUACUACUACCGUUAUUCAGUUCAUUAAA